AAUCAGAAUUUUCAAGUGAUAUAGAACAAGAUCAAGAAAAUUAUAGUGAUGUAAAUGUUAAUAAAACACAUGAUAUCUAUAAUGCAAAUAAAAUAUAUAGCGACAAUAAUAGUAUACAAGAUAUUGAUGAUAAUAGUACACAAGAAAUUUAUAAUGAUUUAUUAUCAUUAUAUUAUGAUGAUUUCGAAAUUGGAGAGUAUUCUAAGAAUACAGUUCCAGAAAUUAUUAAAAUAAUCGAUUCUGAUGAUAAUUCAAGUGAAAAUCGAUAUUACACUUUACAAAAAAAAAGUGGUGAGCUCAAUUUGAAGAAAUUAAGGUUAUUUAAAUUACUGUAUUAA